GGGAUAAUAGACAUUCAUAUAUCUGUCACCAGGCGGAGGUUUUGCUGCUGUCACAUUUCACGGCCUAGUGAAUUAUGGAGAGAGAUGGCGGGUACACUGCCUCCAACAUCAGUCUUUAUGAGAGGAAAGAAAAAGGGGCUUCUGCUCAGUACCAGAUCAAGAAAGCAGUAUCUCCAGAACUCAGCUGCGUGUCAAUGAAGCGUAACCAUUCCAUGUGUGAACCCCUUACAUUUUCUGAUCGUAUGGUGACCUUCGACCCCAAACAGCAUAUAAGCUGCUGCUGGGACCAGAACGGUGCAUCACAACAUGGAGAAUGCAGUUCUGCUCACUUCUACACAAAAUCAGCCCGGCUGGAGGAAACUGGAGACCAGCAACAGGAUUCUCACCAACCAUUAGAUAAUGUCCUGCAGAGAGUUAAAGACCAACACAAAACCAGCAUGAAGAACAAGUCUGAGAGCUUAUUUGAGGGAAUCAAACUACAAGAAAAUCAAACCUUCCUGAACAGGAUUUACACACAGCUCUACAUCACAGAGGGAGAGAGUGAAGGGGUGAAUGAAGAACAUGAGGUUUUACACAUGGAGAAAACACCCAGAUCUCAACACCAUCAAGACACUCCAAUCUACUGCAAUGACAUCUUUAAACCUGAACCAGGAUGUGAGGAGAAGAGAAAAGACCAAAUAAAGACUGUUCUUACUAAAGGCAUCGCUGGAAUUGGGAAAACAGUCUCUGUGCAGAAGUUCAUUCUGGACUGGGCCGAGGGAAAAGCCAAUCCGGAUGUAGAUUUUAUGUUUGUGUUUCUAUUUCGAGAGCUGAACUUGAUUAAAGAUGAGCAGUACAGUCUUCACAAACUUCUGCUGGACUUUCAUCCUGAACUUCAUGAUCUGGACCCAAAGAUUUAUUAUGAGUGUAAAGUUGUGUUCAUCUUUGACGGUCUGGAUGAAAGCAGAAUUCCACUGAUGUUUUCAGACCAUGAGAAAGUUCCUGAUGUGACUGAGACUUCAUCAAUGGGUGUGCUGAUGUCAAACCUCAUCAAAGGAGAUCUGCUUCCCUCUGCUCUCAUCUGGAUUACCUCCAGACCAGCAGCAGCCAAUCAGAUCCCCAACAAAUACAUCAAACGUGUGACAGAGAUUCAGGGAUUCAAUGACCCUCAGAAGGAGGAAUAUUUCAGGAAGAGAAUCAGUGAUGAGCAUCAAGCCAGCAGAAUCAUCUCACACAUUAGAAAAGCAAGAAGCCUCCACAUUAUGUGCCACAUACCAGUCUUCUGUUGGAUCUCAUCCACUGUGCUUCAAAACAUCCUUAAACAAGAUGACAGUGCAGAAAUCCCUCAAUCUCUGACUGAAAUGUACAUUCACUUCCUGCUCAUUCAGAUCAAUAUGAGGAAUCAGAAGUAUGAAGAGAGAGAUCCAGAGAAACUCUUGCAGUCCAACAGAGAAGUGAUUGUGAAACUUGCUGAACUUGCUUUCAAACAGCUGAUGAGGGGCAAUGUUAUGUUCUAUGAGGAGGACCUGAGAGAGAGCGGCAUAGAUGUCACUGAUGCCUCAGUGCAUUUUGGGAUCUGCACUGAGAUCUUUAAGGAGGAAUCUGUGAUUCAUCAGAGGAAAGUCUACAGCUUCAUACAUCUCAGCUUUCAGGAGUUUCUGGCUGCGUUUUUUGUGUUUCAUAGUUAUAUCACCAAGAAUAUUGAAGCACUUACAUUUUUCCUUGAUGAGUCUUUUGUUGAUGAUGAUGAUGACUUGUUUGAACUGUUAAUAUCAACAGUAGAUAAAGCUGUAGAGAGUGAAAAUGGACGCCUGGAUGUUUUCCUUCGAUUUCUGCUGGGAAUCUCACUGGAGUCCAAUCAGAGACUCUUACAGGAUCUACUGACACACACAGAGAACAGCUCAGAGUGCAUCAAGAAAACCUCACAGUACAUUAAAGACAAAAUCAAAGAUGGACGUGGACUCUCCACUGAAAGAUCCAUCAAUCUGUUCCUCUGUCUGCUGGAGAUGAAAGAUCAGACUCUAUACAGAGAGAUUCAGAAGUUUGUGAAAUCAGAGAAACACUCAGAGAAUAAACUUUCUCCUGCUCAAUGUUCAGCAAUCUCCUACAUGCUUCAGAUGUCAGAGGAGGUGCUGGAUGAGCUGGACCUGAAGAAAUACAACACAUCAGAGGAGGGUAGAAGAAGACUGAUACCAGCUGUGAGGAAUUGCAGAAAUGCUCUGCUCACUGGCUGUUGUCUCACUGGUCAGCACUGUGAAAUUGUGGCUUCAUCUCUACAAUCAUCAAAGUCCCUCCUGAGAGAGCUGGACCUUAGUAAUAAUGACCUGCAGGAUUCCGGAGUGAAGCUGCUCUCUGAUGCACUGAAAAGUACAAACUGUAAACUAGAGAUACUGAGACUGGCAGGCUGUAGACUCACUGGCCAAUGUUGUGAAAGUUUGGCUUCAGCUCUACGAUCUUCCAACUCUGUCCUGAGAGAGUUGGACCUGAGUAACAAUGACCUGCAAGAUUCAGGAGUGAAGCUGCUCUCUGAUGCACUGAAGAGUCCAAACUGUAAACUAGAGAUACUGAGAUUGCCCAUUUGUAAUCUCACCGGUCAGUGUUGUGAAAAUUUGGCUUCAGUUCUACAAUCUUCAAAGUCCCUCCUGAGAGAUUUGGAUCUGAGUAACAAUGACCUGCAGGAUUCAGGAGUGAAGCUGCUCUCUGAUGCACUGAAGAGUCCACACUGUAAACUAGAGAUACUGAGAUUAUCUGGUUGUAUGGUGACAAAGGUCAGCUGUAGUUAUGUAACCUCAGCUCUGAGUUCAAACCCUUCACAUCUGAUAGAGCUGGAUCUGAGCUACAAUUAUCCAGGAGAAUCAGGAGUCAAACUACUCUCUGAGAGACUCAACGAUACACACAGCACACUGGACAAACUCAACAUGCAGUAUGGAGGGGACUUAAUGAUUACCGCAGGACUAAAAAAAUAUUUCUGUCAUCUCACACUGGAUCCAAACACAGCAAACACUCAUCUCAUUCUGUCUGACGAGAACAAAAAGGUGACAUUUGUGAGAGACAAACAGCCAUAUCCUGAUCAUCCUGAAAGAUUUGAGCACAUUGAACAGGUUCUGUGUAGAGAGAGUCUGACUGGACGCUGUUACUGGGAGGUUGAAUGGAGUGGAUGGUGGGAGGCUGAAAUAUCAGUGUCAUAUAAAGGAAUCAACAGGAAAGGAUUGAGAGAUGACUGUGAAUUUGGAUCCACUGAAAAGUCCUGGAAUCUGAACUGCAUUGAUAACAGAUUCACUAUCUGGCACAAUAAUAACAGCAGUAACAUAUCUGUCCCUUUACCUCGCUCUAACAGAGUAGGAGUGUAUCUGAACUGGUCGGCCGGCACUCUGUCCUUUUACAGCGUCUCUGACACACACACACUCACACACUUACACACAUUCAAUAACACAUUCACUCAACCCCUCUAUGCUGGAUUUGGGGUCAAAUUUGGCUCCUCUGUAUCUCUGUGUCAAGACUAGUGUCUUGUGAGAAACAGGAAAUUUACUUGCAAGAUGGUUUAGAAUUGAGAGGCCACUCUCUCAUGUCACAUGAGUUUACAGACAGUUUAAAGGUAUUCAUGCAUUUUUAGUCAUGCAAGAGUCAUAAAAAAUACAUGUCUUUUUAUGUGUUACUCAAACAAAGUUAUAUCAUCAUAGUCAUGGUCAACAGUAAUAAAAUACAUACAGUACAAUAAGAUAAGACCAGGGGUGUAAAACAUGUGGUGUGCAGAGAAGUCCAAUCCAACCUGUGGGAUAAUUUGAGCAAAAAAAUAAAAAAUGUACACUGAUGUAUUCAUAAGAUUAAUAAUACUCUCUUUUUAUCUACAGUAGGACAAAUAAUCUUUUUAAUUUACAAUAUAUGUACAUAGUAUUACAGUACAUGCAUAGUGUUACAAACUGCAGUAGAACCUAUCUUUUAUGUGUAACAUCCGACGUUUGUGAAUUUACGCAUACGAAUGCCAAAUGUCAUGUUUGUGAGUGAUUUAACUCCCAUUGCAUCCUAUCAAAUGAUCAAGUUUAUUUAGGUACUUUCUGGUUUAAGAUGACAUAUGAUUUGCAGUCUUAAUUGCACAAACUGAACCGCAAGUCUACUUUCAAUAAUGUCAAUCAUGACUCAAAAUUAAGCUUGUGUAGGUACUUAUAAGUUCUUAAAAUGUAGUUGUCAUUACUCUUAUUCAUAUGAUAACGUGUACAUAUGCAACAUAGUUUUGAGAACAUUCAGAAAGUUCAUUUAGCUAUUGAGAUGAAACAGAAAAUUUGUCAAUGGGCUGGAUUUCACCUUUACAGGCUGUGACUGAUGUGCAAAGACUCAAACCAAGACUGGUCAAACAACGGUGGCAGACUAUGAGAUUGAUUUUAGUCAAGUCUUUUUCAGGAAUUACAGUACAUUGAUACCCAGUGAAGGACACCUAUAUUAUAACAUUUUGCUACUGCAACACUUCCUUCUUCGUGUUCUUUCAUCAUGUAAAGUGUUUUCAUUACAGCUACUGUUUUUGCUUUGCAUUUCACACUGAAAAAUACAGCAAAAUAAACUGAAC